CUAUUCUCUUCACUCACAAGUCACAACAAAGCAGAGCUUCACUUUAGGCAUUCAACCCUCACCAUGACGUCUAUUUACCGUUUCGCCAUUCCCUUCGCCUUUCUCAUACUUUUCUUUACCGUCGAGCCCGCAGUGGGCACUGCCAGGAAGCUCACCGCUCUGGUGCAGCAACAGCCGCUCGUGCUGAAGUAUCACAACGGCGCUCUCCUGAAGGGCAAAAUCACCGUUAAUCUGAUCUGGUACGGCCAGUUCACCCCUAUCCAACGAUCCAUAAUCGUCGACUUCAUCCAGUCGCUCAACUCACCGCAGGCGCCACUUCCCUCGGCGUCCUCGUGGUGGAAAACCAUCGAUAUGUACAAGGGGGGCUCGUCCACCCUCGUCGUAGGGAAGCAAAUCCUUCACGAGGACUAUACUCUCGGGAAGUCGCUCAAAAAUUCGCACUUGGUUGCUUUGGCCAACAAGGUCAACCAGUUGGACGCCAUCAACAUCGUUUUGACGGCCAAGGAUGUCGCCGUCGAUGGGUUUUGCAUGAGUCGGUGUGGAACCCACGGGUCAAAACCGGUGGGUAACGGGAAAGCCCGGGCCGCUUAUGUGUGGGUCGGAAACUCGGAGACCCAGUGCCCGGGUCAAUGCGCGUGGCCCUUUCACCAGCCCAUUUAUGGCCCACAGACACCGCCGUUAGUCGCGCCCAACGGAGAUGUCGGAGUUGACGGCAUGAUCAUAAACUUAGCCACUCUUCUGGCCGGCACCGUUACGAAUCCGUUUAACAACGGUUACUUCCAGGGCCCGGCUACGGCGCCGUUGGAGGCCGUCUCGGCUUGCACGGGGGUGUUCGGGUCGGGUGCGUAUCCGGGUGACCCUGGUCGGGUCCUGGUGGACAAGAGCACCGGGGCGAGCUACAACGCGAAUGGGGCGAAUGGGCGCAAGUACCUCUUGCCGGCGAUGUGGGACCCUCAAACCUCUGCUUGCAAAACUCUCGUGUGAACGGUGACGUGGCAUCAUAUGUGUCGGAAAUAUAUGUACGCAUGUAAAUAUUGAUGUGGCGGGGUUCGGGGUGAAUGGUGAUGGGGGAAGAUAGGGUUUUGAUAUUUCGUAGACACUCUUUUAAGUUUGUCGUUUUGAGUGACGUGUAAAUUCUCUUUUAAAAAAAAGUGCAAAAACUUUGGAAAUGCGAAAUAAUAAUAAAUAUUUUAAAAAAAUCUGAAUGGAGUUGGAGUAAACAAUGAAGGUGGGGAUUCUUGUAGAAGCGUCUCUUGUGGUUCUGCAGGGCCGUGCCAGUAUUUGAAAUCUGGGGAGCAAAAUUUAGAAAUAAAAAAAUUAAGAAUAAAAUUUAAUUUUUAUUAA